AUGGCUACUGAUUCAGGAGAGUCAGGUAGCACAGAAGAUUCUGAGAAACCUGAUGGAAUUUCAUUGGAAAACACAGUUCCUCAGGUUGCUGCAGCUUGCACAGUGGAAGCUAGGCUAAAGGAAAAAAAUAGCGUUUUCUUUGCUUCUGGGGAAGCUGUAGAAAGGAAGAGAUUUUUCCGAAAGAGUGUUGAGAUGACUGAUGAUGACAAAGUUGAUGCAUUUUCCUCCAAAGGUGAGCGAAUAAAGACUGCAACCAAUAUUCCAAGAGUAGAUAAACUUCCAACAAAUGUGCUAAGAGGUGGACAAGAAGUUCAAUAUGGACAGUGUUCAAAGACAACUUUGGAAUCCUCAAAAGAUUGUUUCAGGGAGAAAAAUGAAAAAGAAAUGGAAGAAGAAGCAGAAAUGAAGGCUGUAGCUACUUCUCCUAGUGGUAGAUUCCUGAAGUUUGACAUAGAGCUGGGAAGAGGAGCAUUUAAAACAGUAUACAAAGGACUGGACACAGAAACCUGGGUUGAAGUUGCUUGGUGUGAGCUGCAGGACCGGAAGUUAACCAAAGCUGAGCAGCAAAGGUUCAAAGAAGAAGCAGAGAUGUUAAAGGGUCUCCAGCAUCCCAAUAUAGUUAGAUUUUACGAUUCUUGGGAGUCUAUAUUAAAAGGAAAGAAAUGUAUUGUAUUAGUGACUGAACUAAUGACAUCAGGAACCUUAAAAACGUACUUAAAACGAUUUAAAAUCAUGAAACCAAAGGUCUUAAGGAGCUGGUGCAGACAAAUUUUAAAGGGGUUGCAAUUUUUGCAUACUAGAACUCCUCCUAUUAUUCACCGAGAUCUGAAGUGUGACAAUAUUUUCAUCACGGGACCCACUGGAUCUGUGAAGAUUGGUGAUCUAGGACUAGCCACCUUAAUGCGUACAUCAUUUGCUAAGAGUGUUAUUGGUACGCCUGAGUUUAUGGCCCCAGAGAUGUAUGAAGAGCACUAUGAUGAAUCUGUAGAUGUCUAUGCUUUUGGAAUGUGUAUGUUGGAAAUGGCUACUUCGGAGUACCCUUAUUCUGAGUGUCAGAAUGCAGCACAAAUAUACCGUAAAGUUACUAGUGGCAUAAAACCAGCAAGUUUCAAUAAAGUCACUGAUCCUGAAGUGAAAGAAAUUAUUGGAGGGUGUAUUCGUCAAAACAAAACUGAAAGGUUGUCUAUCAGGGAUCUACUUAACCACACAUUUUUUGCUGAAGAUACAGGAUUGAGAGUGGAAUUAGCAGAGGAAGAGGAUUGUUUAAAUUCAUCCUUGGCUUUAAGACUCUGGGUUGAAGACCCUAAAAAAUUGAAAGGCAAGAACAAAGACAAUGAAGCUAUUGAAUUCAGUUUUAAUUUAGAAAUAGAUACACCUGAGGAAGUAGCUUAUGAAAUGGUCAAGUCUGGUUUCUUCCAUGAAAGCGAUUCUAAAGCUGUUGCUAAGUCCAUUAGAGACCGUGUGACCCUGAUAAAGAAGACAAAGGAGAAGAAGCCAGCUGGCUGUUUGGAAGAACACACGUAUUCCCAGUGCAAGUCUAUAGGGAAGGUGCUCUUUCCGUACCAGAAUACUACUUUACCCUCUGCUUCUGCUCAGCAGACAGGACCUGAAUGUGAAGAAACUGAAGCUGAUCAUCAUGUUCCACAACAGCUUCUACAGAGAAAAUCACAACAGCACUACUCCUCUGUUACAGGUGGAAAUUUGUCAGAGUCAGGAACUGGAUCAGUUAUACAUUCAGAUACUUUUAGUAAGUCCAGUAUAGUCUAUUCUUCUGAUCAGACAAUGGGCUCUCAAGUGGUUUCUAACAUGCUACAAGCUGAAAUAAAUGUUCCAGGACAGAUUUAUCCACCUCCACAGUUAAGAGGAUGUUACCAGCAAAAUUCAGGGUUUCAGAAGCAGCCAAAGCUGCCUCAGCCCCAAAUUUUGCCUUUGGCUCAAGGUCAGUCUACUAUUGUGCCUCCAGUUGUUUCACAACCCCAGAUUUCCCCAAUAACUCUCCAGAAGUUGUCACAGAUAAAGCCCAUACCCCAGCCAGCUGAACAACAAUCAAUUUGUCUAAAAUCAGACGUAGUUCGUAGCUUGAAUCAUGAUGUACUAGCUAUGAAGGAAAACACCAAUAGCCCUGAUAAUCCAGGUGGAAAUGGCAAGCAAGAUAGGAGUAAACAGAGAAGAGCUUCCUGUCCCCGACCAGAGAAGGGAACUAAAUUCCAGCUAAUUGUUCUUCAGGUGUCAACUUCUGGAGACAACAUGGUGGAGUGUCAGCUGGAGACACACAACAACAAAAUGGUCACUUUCAAGUUUGAUGUUGAUGGUGAUGCACCAGAAGAUAUUGCAGACUAUAUGGUUGAAGAUAACUUUGUACUAGAAAUCGAGAAAGAAAAAUUUGUAGAAGAAUUGAGGGCUAUAGUAGGUCAAGCUCAAGAGAUGCUUCAUGUCCAUUCUGAUGCAGAAAGAUCCACUGGAGUUGACUCUACUACGGUGGAAGCCAACAGUAACCAAACAGGAUCAUCUGAACAACUACAGAUAAAUUCUGCAUCCAAUCACACCAGCAGUGAGUCUGUUCCUCAGUCAUCCCCAGUUGGCCGGUGGCGUUUCUGUAUUAACCAAACAAUAAGAAAUCGUGAGGCUCAAUCUCCUCCUCUUCACUGUUCUCUGUCUACAGUUCCAGCACCAAAUCCACUUUCUAGUCCAAGAAAUACAAAUAAUACGAAAAUGUCACAGGAUGCACUAAUCACUAUAGAAAAUAAUCCAUGCCAACAUACACUUUUCACCUUCAGAUCAGAAUCCAAGUACUUAAUUGAUGGUGAGAUUUCUGAAUAUGCAAGUGUAGAAACUGAGCAGCCAAUGACCCUUUAUCAAGUGGAAGAUGACAGGCAGUUAAUUACACUAGUAUCUAGUAGUUCCACUUAUACUACUACUUCAGUUUGUGCUGUUGCACUUGAAUGUGAGGGAUUCACAAACCAAGAAUGCUCAUUCCUACCUGUGUAUCCAUAUUGUCAAGCUGCCAAUCAGGCUAAUGUACUCACGGGCCAUCCUGAAGAAUCAACUCAGGUUGCUGGUAGCUCUCUUACAACUCUGGCAUUUAUGUCUGAUCAAAAGCUUCAAUCUUCGCCGGUGCAGCAGCCAACUAUGGAUGCAGAAUUUAUUUCCCAAGAAGGAGAAAUCAGAGUUAACACUGAAGAAACUUAUCCUAAGACAGUCAUUACCACUCAAACCCCAGGCCUUGAACGAACUAUCCUUCCACUCACGACUGUCAUGGAAUCAGAUGGAGAAAGACCUCCAAAAUUGGAAUUUUCAGACAACCGAAUUAAAACUCUUGAUGAAAAAUUAAGAAACUUGCUCUAUCAGGAAAAUAAUUUAUCUAGCAUCUAUCCUGAAAGUCAGAAGGAUACCCAAAGUACAGACUCUCCAUUUUCUUCCUCUACUGAAGAUGCACUCUCCUGUUCAGUGGCAGAGAUCAUACCUAUAAGUCACUGUGGAAUUCAAGAUAGUCCUGCACAGUCCCCUACUUUUCAGGAGACAGGCUGUAAGAUUCUGUCCAAUGUGGCUGUGAAUCAGCCUGCUAAUAUAUCACUGUUCAAAAGGGAACUGAAUGUGAUAACUCCUCUACCAAGUGAAUUGUGUAUGCAUGAGAUAUCCCCAGAUGCUUCACUUCCAGGAGAUCCAAAGACCUGUCCUGCUGCUGUGUCAAGUGGUGGAGCCAUUCAUCUGCAUACAGGAGUGGAAACAGAAGAUAUAAGAUCCACAGUUGCUCCUGAUCCCAUUCCUUUGACACAAGAAUCCAUAACUGAUACUAGGGUUUUGAGUGGAUGUAAAGCUAUGAAUGGAUCAUUUCAACAGGGACGGCUCCAGGUUAUUACAGUUCCUCAGCAGCACUCAGUGAAGGUGACAUCUUUUGGAAUAGAGCACAUACCAACUCUCAAUCAAAUGACAAAUCAUUCUAAUGAAGACACUCUCAUCUUUACUGAAGCAGCAAAGUCUCAGUUCAUAGAACUGGAACCUGACAUGCACAAUCCACAAACUUCAUUUUCUCCUCAGAAGUUACAAGUUUUUCUUGAAACUACUAAAGAAGAUAAAGGCAUUCCCAAACGAGGUGACAACAUUUUAUCUUUCAGCACAAUUUGCGAGACAGUUAUAUCUUCUGUAAUGCCAGAAAAGGAAUUGGAAGAAACUUCAGGCACAGAAAAUAGUAUCCAAUCUGGAUCUGAACUGUUACUUAAAGAGAAAGAGACACUGAUUAUUGGGAAACAACCCAGCUCUGAUAGUGAAGUUUCAGCUUCUCUUGCUGGCUGUGAAAAGUCAGUGGCAAAGACUGGUUCAGAAAGGAAUCAGUGCCAUGAAGAACAGACCUACAUUCAAACACAGAGUUCCCUCUUCUAUUCACCAUCUUCCCCAAUGAGCAGUGAUAAUGAGUCAGAAAUAGAGGAUGAGGACUUAAAGGUGGAACUUCAAAGAUUACGAGAAAAACACAUUCAAGAGGUAGUAAAUCUUCAAACCCAGCAGAAUAAAGAGCUGCAGGAGCUCUAUGAACGCCUUCGGUCAGUUAGAGAUAGCAAAGCGCAAUCAUCAGAGAUACUUCUUCUACCUGCAUCACCACGUCGACCAAGAUCUUUCAAAACCAAACUUCGAAGUCGCCCUCAGUCCUUGAUACAUGUGGAUAAUAACAUAGCUGGCACAGAUCCACUGCACUUGGAGAAUAAUGCACUAUCAUGCCAGCAAUCUUCAGCUAGUAAAAAAGGGAUGUUCACAGAUGACUUACACAAGCUGGUAGAUGACUGGACUAAGGAGACAAUAGGAAAUUCUCUUAUUAAGCCAAGUUUAAACCAACUUAAAAAGAGUCAACAAAAAUUAGAAACAGACAACCGGAACAAAAUACAUGAAAAUACUUCAUCAACAUGGAUUUCGUCUCUGUCCCAAAUCCGUGGAGCUGUUCCAACUUCCUUACCACAAGGACUCUCACUCCCUUCAUUUCCUGGGCCAUUAUCAUCAUAUGGAAUGCCCCAUGUUUGUCAACAUAAUGCUGUUGGGGGGACAGGGUAUCCAGUACAGUGGAUUGGGAUUUCAGGAACAGCACAACAGUCUGUAGCUAUUCCUACCCAACCAGUGGGACAAUUUCAGCCAGGGAUGAAUUUGCAGGCAUUUACAGCUUCACCAGGGCAGAAUCCGGCCACAAUCCCUCCUGGGCCUAAAUGAGUCAGAAUAGAUGGUGAAGUAAAGGGAGAUUUUUUUUUCAGAAUUAUU